AUGUCUGCCAGUCCAGAGCUUCUCAUCUCGCCUGAGCGUCUACGCCAAUACUCGGGUGAUCGAUUACGUGACAUAGUGAUUCUCUUCACCGUCAUCGAUAUCAUCACCGUAUCGCUCCGAUUCCUUUCUCUCUCUCUUAGUAAAAAGCCAUUUGGCUUGGAUGAUCUCCUCGCUAUUCCUGCCCUGCUGUUCUGCCUCGGUCAGAAUACCGUAGCGUUGGUGGGCAUUCGCUUAGGCCGCGUGGGCUACCAUCUCGAUGGUGUGGAAGCCAUGGAUCCAGCGGCUCUAGUGUCUUGGGCCAAGAUCCUCGUGGCGACGCCGAUCAUAUACUCGGCAGCAUGUGCCAUGCCGCGUAUGAUGCUAUUAACACUUUACCUGCGCAUCUUCCGACCGUCCAAGGCGCAUCGGAUUGCCUGCUACGCCUUGAUUAGCAUUGUCUGUUCGUACGCAGUGGCAGUCUUUUUCGUUGGUGGCUUUGUUUGUAUCCCUCUAGCAUAUAUGUGGGAUAAGACUAUUCCGGGCGGCAACUGUAUCAAUAUACCUUCAUUCUACCGUUGGGGAACCUUACCGAAUAUUAUUAUCGAUUUUUUCAUGUUAAUCUUGCCCCUGCCGACCGUCUGGAAGCUCCAGGCCCCGAGGCAUAUCAAGAUUGGCCUGGCCCUUACUCUCAUGACGGGCAGCAUUGGCAUAGUCACCAGUAUCUGCCGUUGUGUCGCCUUCUUUGAAAACAACCCCUUGACUGACGGAACCUGGAAAUCUGUCACCUUUCUUCAAUGGAGUGUUGUCGAGCCCGGCGUUUAUCUAGUCGCCGCAUGUUUGCCUUGCUACCGGAUUCUGGUCCAGCUGGCCCUCGAU